AUGAAUAUCCAACUUAUCCCAAAGGAAAUCCAAAGCAUCAUCCCUAGAUUCGAUGGAGAUGAUAAGCUAUUAAACCUCUUUAUAUCUAAAUGUGAAUAUGUCAUUAGAAGUUUUAGAGGGGAGAACAACCCAGCACAACAAACAUAUCUAUUCCACUGUAUAACAAGUAGGCUAGUAGGUAAGGCCGCCGUUCUCAUAAGCGAACGUGAAAACGUUACUACUUGGGAAGGCCUAAAGGAACUCUUUGUCCAACAUUUCGGUGACCCAAGAUCCGAAGCUUGUAUUAGCAUCGAGUUAGAAAAUCUUAAAAUAAAACAAGGCGAAUCAUAUAUAGAUUUUUGCCACCGCAUACAAAACGUAAGGAGCUCAUUAAUAUCAAAAGUAAAUCUCCUAACCGACGAAGGUAUUAAAGCCGCUAAAUAUAUAAUAUAUAACAAUACAGCCCUCAACGUUUUCCUUUACAACUUACCGGAAGAUCUAAUUAAAUUCGUUAGAUUAAAUAAGUGCGACACUUUAGAAUCAGCAUUGAGUAUCGUUACCGAGGAAGUCAAUUUCCAAACCAGAUAUAACUCUCGCAAUAAGAACAAAACUAAUCCUAGUAACACUAACCCUACUUCGAAUAACCCUAAACCUACCCCUACUGCACAAAUUCAACAGAAGUUCGGGAUUCCAGCAAAUCCAGGUUUUAAGCAACAGAACGCGUUUAAACCUAAUUUCAAUCCGAAUCCUAACCAGGUUAACCCGCGAUUUGGUUUCCAACCCAAACCUCAACUACAGAAUCAGGCCCAAAAGCCCCAGAUUCCGCAUCAAUCGCAACAGCUUCCACGUACAAUAAAUAACUAUAAGCAAUCGGGCUUCUUCAAAGCCAACCCCAACCAACAAUUUCGAUUUGGUGUUAAUAACCCACCACCAAGACAAAACACCGACGUAUCGAUGAGAACGGUACGAAACAAUAUGAUCGAAGAACCUUUCGAAACUGACGUUAAUAACGAAGUAUUAUACUACUUCGACGGCAAUAGCUGUAUAGAACUCGUAGAAGUCGCAGAUGAUAAUAACCAAUCAAAUUGCAUCCAAAACGACACGGAAAAUGAAAAUUUUCAAAUAGAAGCCUCUGUACCGGACCAGCAGAAGUAA